AUGACUGAUUAUAAAAGUGCGAGAAUUAAGUCAACUGAUAUGCCUAAAUCUAUGCAGAGUAUAGCUGUUGAUUGUUGUGCUGCAGCAUGUGAACACUUCAAAGAGGAUAAGGAAAUAGCCAAGUAUAUUAAAAAGGAAUUUGAUAAACAGUUCGGUGGUAUAUGGCAGUGUGUAGUGGGAAAAGAUUUCGGAUGUUAUAUAUCGCAUAAAGAAAACAGUUUUAUCUACUUUCAUCUACACCUGAACGCUGUAUUACUAUUUCAAGCGGUUCAGAAACAGCCAGCAUCAUCGUAA